AUGGUCAUGCAAGAGGCUUUCUCACAGUUGCAUGAGUUCAUUGAGCUGAUUGAUUGUGUCAAGCAGGGUAUUGAUCAGAACCUUCAAAAUGGGCAGGAAAAGCUGCACCAGAUGUGGAUGAUGUGGAACAAGAGCAGCCAAAAGGAAUCCAGCAUCCAGGACAAAAUGCAACAAGUACAACAGGAAUUACAAAAGACUCACAACUCUUUCUCAGCUGCUGCUUCUUUCCAAGACCUGACCAGGAACAUUCUCACUCAGAAACACUAUUUAAUGAAUACAGCCCAGGAGUACAUGGAUGAACUGCUGGAGUGUGUGGAACACAAUAUACCUCUUGCCUGGUUGGUAGGACCUUUCACACCAUCUAGAGCCUCUGUAGAAUCACAAGACAGUGCAAAAGAGAAAGAAGAUGAGGAGAAUAAGUCCCAUAACAUCCAGUCUUGUGGGAGCCAACUUGUCUAG